AUGGUAGACAACAUAGCUUUGUUUUUCACAGUAGCCUUCACUGCAUCUAGUCUCACCUUCAUACAAUUUUACUGGUUGAAAGUAUUUAGUCGGAAACUUCGCCAUCCUCCCUCACCCAAGACAUUGCCAGUUCUGGGGAACGCGCUAUCCAUUCCCCCUGGCUUGGACCAUCUGACAUAUUUAGAGUUCGGGAAACAGCUGAACAGUGACAUUGUUUACAUGAACAUGAUGGGACAGUCACUUGUUGUUUUAAACACGGCUCAAGCUGCUUCAGACCUGCUGGAUAAGCGAUCAGCUAUCUAUUCCGACCGAGUUUGUGCCCCAAUGGUGAAGAAUCCUACACUACUUGAUUGGUCUGGAUUCGCGGGAAUGCUACCGUACUCUGAUCUCUGGCGUCGCCAACGUCGAAGAGUAAACAACUGGCUCAACAUACGUGCUGUUCGGCAGUUCGAUCAUCUCCAACAAGACGUAGUCAGGUCAAUGUUAGGCCGCAUCCAUGAUAUAUCUGGAAGUACUGAGCUGUUCGAGAAGGUUAAACAUCAAUUCUUUUUCGCAAUGGCGUCCGCAACAUUUCGGCUGGCAUACGGAUACCACAUCCAAAGCGACCAGGAUCCCUUUUUCUUGGAUGCUGUUCAAGCGUCAGACAACCUUUUUGCUGCUACCAUGAUGGGAAACUUCUUGGUCAAUGCAUUCCCAGCGCUUUCGUAUAUCCCUCAAUGGCUACCUGGCGCGGGAUGGAAAAGAAUCGCAAAGAAAUGGAGAGAGCAUAAGAACCGUGCUGUUGACACUCCAUACGAAUGGACAAAGAAUCAAGUGGCAUCAGGCAAUUUUGAGCCUUCGGUACUCAGCGCAUUGCUGCAGGAUGAGAAAAUAGAUCAAGGCUUGUCUCAAGAAGAACGAGAUAAGGAGCUGAAAGAGCUCGCUUAUGUCCUCUUUCUCGGCGGCACGGGUACGUCAGCAACAGCUCUCGUGAACUUUGUUGCUGCCAUGGUCCUUAAUCCUGAGGUCCAAGCCAAAGCUCAGGCUGAACUAGACUCUGUGCUUGGAUAUGCAUCCAGGCUACCGACAAUGUCCGAUGAGACGCAAUUACCUUACAUUCGCAAUCUAAUCUUGGAAGUUCAUCGGUGGCAGCCUGUGGGACCAACUGGUGGGCCUCCACAUGCAUGUUACCAAGAUGAUGUCUACCAAGGAUACAAUAUUCAAAAGGGGACAAUAGUAAUGGGCAAUCUGUGGGCCAUGACUCGUGAUGAAACAGUCUAUCAAGACCCAGAGCACUUUAAUCCUGAUAGGUUUCUAGAUUCGAAUAUUCCACCAGUACCAACUUACGGAUGGGGAAGGCGUAAAUGUCCCGGAAUGCAUUUUGCUGAAGCAUCAUUGUUCCUUGCUAUUUCGUCGUUGCUUACUAAUUUCAACUUCUUACGAAAGAAGGACAAGGAGGGGAAGGAGAUAAUCCCCACUAUUGAGGGCUCCUGUAACAGCCUUGCUGUUCCAAUAAAGCCGUUUGAAUUUGAGCUGCGUCUUAGGUCCAAAGACCAUAAUCAGCUGAUCCUAGAUAAUGUUACAGCCAAAUCAACAAAUGUAUCAGUUUCCAAGUAG